AUGAAUAAUUAUAAAGAAACAGCUGAAUUUCUUAUUUCGCAUGGUGCAAUUAUCCAUGAAAAAGAUGAAUUUGGAAAAACUGCUCUUCAUGAUGCAGCGGAGAAAAAUUAUAAAGAAAUAGUCGAGCUUCUUAUUUCGCAUGGUGCAAAUAUCCAUGAAAAAGAUAAAUGUGGAAAUACUGCUCUCCAAUGUGCAGUAUGGCAUAAUAGUAAAGAAACAGCCGAUGUUCUUAUUUCGCAUGGUGCAAAUAUCAAUGAAAAAGAUAAUUAUGGAAAGACUGCUCUUUAUUAUGCAACAGUGAAAAAUUAUAAAGAAAUACUCGAACUUCUUAUUUCGCAUGGCGCAGUUUAUUUUAAAUGA